GCUGUCCUUGCAACGAUCAUGAAGGGCGUCAAGGUGGUGCUUCUGUGUUGCCUUCUGGUGGCCGUUGCAGGUCAGAGGGGAGGCAGGCGAGGGCAAGGCAGAUUCUUCCAAGGGGGCGGAUUCCAUGGUGGCUUCCCCGGUGGCGGCGGCUUCCCCGGCGGUGGUGGCUUCCCCGGCGGUGCCUUCCCCGGCGGUGGCUUCCCGGCGCAGUGCAGGUACUGGUGCCGCACGCCCGAGGGCCAGGCCUACUGCUGCGAGGGCGCCCAGCAGCCGCAGCGGCCGGUCGGGACCAAGUUCGGGCAGUGUCCCCCGGUGCGGCCCACCUGCCCGCAGACCCGCUUCGGGCCCCCGCAGACGUGCUCCAACGACUACAACUGCGCCGGCAGGGACAAGUGCUGCUUCGACAGGUGCCUGGGAGAACACGUGUGCAAGCCGCCCUCGGCGUUCGGCUUUUUCGGAUAAAGGGAGAAUCGGUGGAUUGUCUGUUCGAUAAUGAACGACCAAUAAAGAGAGCGGAUGAGA